AUGGAUGCCUUUGCUAUGGACAAGACUAUGCUAAUGCACCUGGUCCUGCUGAGCAUGGUGAUUGGGAGCAGCCAGGGGUGCUACUGUGAACAUUACCCAUGGGGAUCGUGGUCUGCCUGUUCACAAACCUGCAAUUACGGCACUCAGACCAGGCACAGGCAAAUAAGAGUGGAUGAAUAUUAUCUUGAAAACUACUGUGACCGGCUGUGCACAAAGCAGGAAUCUCGUGCAUGUAACCAGGAAACAUGUCCUAUCAACUGUCUGCUCGGGGACUUUGGCCCUUGGUCAGAUUGUGAUCCAUGCAUUAAAAAACAAUUUCGUACCAGGAAACUCCUGCGACCAUCCCAGUUUGGGGGUCAGGUCUGUACUGAGCCACUGGUGGAUUCCCGCCCGUGUUUCCCAACUAAACUCUGCAACAUAGUGGAAGUUGAUUGCAAGGACAAAUUUCAGUGUGAAAGUGGUCGCUGUAUUUCAAAAACAUUGGAAUGUAAUGGACAAAAUGACUGCGGGGACAACUCUGAUGAAAGAAAUUGUAGAAGGAAAAAGACUGUGUGUAACAGACAGUAUGAGAGCAUCCCAGGAGUGCAUUUGAUAAGCAGUGGAUUUCACGUUCUAGCAGGAGAGAGCCGAGGACAAGUCCUUGACAACUCAUUCAAUGGAGGAAAAUGCACAACAGUGAAGCACAGUGAAACAAGGAAAUCCUAUCGCGUUCCUGAGAAUUUAGAGGCUGUCAACUUUCAGGUAACAGACGAAGAGGAUGAUGUAAAAUCAGAUUUCUACAAUGAUUUGACUUCUCUGAGUGAUAGUGUUUCUGUACUUGGAGCAGCUUCUACUGCAGCUAGAACAACUUUUCGUGUCCCAAUUUUCUACUCAAAAAAGACACGGGUUACAGUUACAUCAUUUUCUUCCUUCAAGAAAGCCAUUGCAGCCUCACAUGAAAAGAAUUCCAACUUUAUUAGAGUCCAUAAAGUAAUUUCUGUUGCAAACUUCACAAUGAAGCAGUCAGAUCUGCAGCUCUCAGAUGUCUUUCUAAAAGCCCUUAACCAUCUGCCCCUGGAGUACAACUAUGCUUUAUACAGCAGAAUAUUUGACGAGUUUGGCACCCAUUACUACACCUCUGGGAAGAUGGGUGGUUCCUAUGACAUUCUUUACCAGUAUAGCUCUGAGGAACUGAAGAACUCAGGCCUGACAGUGGAUGAAUCAACAGAGUGUGUCCGAACAGAAACAAAAGUCCGUGUGCUCUUCUUCACUAGAAAGAAAGUCAAGAACAGGUGCACCUCAAACAGGAUGGCUGAGAAACAUGAAGGUUCCAUUUUGCAGUCAUCUGAACGGUCAGUCUCCCUGGUAAAAGGUGGCAGGUCAGAGCAGGCAGCAGCUCUGGCCUGGGAGAAAAAAGGAGCUUUUCCAGAACACAUCAUCUUCAAAAACUGGUUGGAAUCAACAAAGGACAAUCCCGUGGUGGUUGACUUUGAUGUGUCGCCCAUUGUGGAUUUGGUGAAGAACGUGCCAUGUGCUGUGACCAAACGCCGCAACCUGUGGAGAGCCCUGACAGAAUACACAGGCAGGUUUGACCCUUGCCAGUGUGCCCCAUGCCCCAACAAUGCCAGGCCUGUUCUCUCUGGGAUGGAGUGCCUCUGCCUGUGCCAGGCUGGCACCUACGGCAAAAACUGUGAGACACGAGCUCCAGAUUACAAAUCAGUUGCUGUAGAUGGUCGCUGGGGUUGCUGGUCUGAAUGGAGUUCAUGCAAUGCUUCAUUCAAAAGAAGAAGGACCCGGGAAUGUAAUAACCCCUCUCCAGUGAAUGGUGGGAAGCCAUGUGAAGGGGAGCGGGAAGAAGAGGAGGACUGUUAUAUCUCUCUGUUCGCAGACAA